CGACGAAAUGAAUCGACGUCCAACGAGAAAUAAUCCGGCCAACAAUAAACCAUUUAUAUCUGGUGGUGUAAUUUCGAAUUUUACUGCGUCCGCUCCAAAUGUAAAUGAACAAGCAGCAGCUUCGGUUCGAGCACCCACUCCCCGGAAACAUUCUUCUGCACCAACAAAACAAAAAAGUGCACCUGAGAGAUAAGAAAUGGCAAGAAGAAGAUGGUGUUGAUUUGAGAAAUUGAAAAAAAAAAAAUAUGCAGAGAAAAAAAAGAAUGUGGUCAGCAAGCCAUUAGCAUUUCAUGUGUUUCCCCUCUCUUAUCUUUUGUUUCUAUUAACGAUAUAAUUUCCGUAGUCCAAGAAAUUAUUUGCCUGUGUUUGCGUUUUUGAAAUGAUUGCUGGAAUGAGAAUGAGAAACUCACUUGAUUUUAUAGUUAUCGUGAGCCGUUAGCAAUUCUGAGCAUUGAACGCCAUUUUUGUCUUUUGAGUUUUAUUCCCAGCUCGGUAGCUGCAGUGCAUAUAUGCGCGCCAUGUUUUUAUCGCCGUAAAUCGAUCGAUUAAACAAUCCACCCAGAACUUGUGCCAAAAAAAUGUAAAACAUUUUUCACAUUGCAUUCAUUCGUGUUUUGUUUGGUGCUUGGUUUUUUUUCGACCUUGUUUAAUCGUCGAUUUAUCGCAAAAACAGAUCGGGCUACGAAUUUGAAUAAAAUUGAACGAAUGAAAAUGACAUUGGAUGGUCAAUCGAUGGAUACGAUGGUAACUAAAAAGCAGGUUGAAUUGGCAUUGCACAAUGUGCGCUUUUCCUGAAAUUGAACAGAGGUUAAUAAUGAUGUUUCGGUAGAAAUUAUAUUUGUUAAGUCGAGUCGAGAAAAAAAAAAUGACAAAAAAUUGAGAAAAAAGAAAAGAAAAUGAAAAUCGACUGUCGACGGGCGUUGCAUUUCAUCAUGAAGCAUGCUUCUGAUCCGCGUGUAAGCACAUAAAUCCCUUGUGGCAGACGGUCGAUCCGGGCGGCUCUCGAUACAAACGCACACCGCAAAGAAUAAUAAUUUUCCGUUGAAUAAUCAACAACAAGCCAAUUCAGUUGUACCCGAAGCACUGAAAAAUAUGGACAUCAAAGAUGAGCUUGAUAACGCCAACAUCACUGAUCCAUCUGAGAAUGGAUCAACCAAUGGCCAGAAGCGCCGUUUUAUGCGCCAACCAAUACCCAAGAAGAUCAAACGGUUGCGUCGCAAUCGGCGUCUUCGCAAAAUUCUUACACCAAAAAAUGCGUUGAUGUCAUUGCAUGAAUUGCUUGGAAAUGGACUGUCCGAGUUCUCUAUUUUGCCCGAAGAACGUGGAUUUGUGGCUUCGGUUUACGUGAAUGCCGUGCAAUACGAAGGAAGAGGCCCUUCAAAGAUGGCAGCCAAAAAUUCGGCUUCUGAGAAAGCAUUGCGUGACAUAAUCAUUAAUCGAAUGCUGCAAUCACCAAAGUCUCAACAGCUGAAACCAAGCGGCGAUCCUGCUCAACCGGGCACCGAACAAAUUCCACCAAACGUAGAUGAUGCAUUCCGUGAUGAUGUUGAAAUGGGCGACGCCGAAAAUGAUAAUGACGAAAGCGAGGUUCCAAUGUUACACUUGGCCUCAUUUGCACUGCACAAGUUGUUCUCCGAAUGGCAGUCGGAAGGCUUUGAAAUCCCUGAUUUCAAAAUUGGCGGUGUCACUUCACCCGUUGAGCCCGCUACGGCAGUGGAUAAAACGGAUCGUGCACCGGGCAUUCCACCAAAACGGACACAGCUCCCAGAAAAUGCGAAUACAAUGCAUCCAACAACUCUGUUAUGCAUGAUGCGUCCAGCCACAAAAUACGUUGAUUUGGGCAGUGAGGGUCAAGUUCCGAACAUUUUGCACCGUGUUGGUGUUGAAGUUGAUGCCGAACACUUCAUUGGAACGGCAAAGAACAAGAAAUUGGCUCGCAAGAAUGCAGCCAUCGAUGCAUGCAAUGAAAUGUUUGGCACCGAGUUCAUCAAAGAAGACAACUAAAGCGCUGGACAACUGAUGCGACCGAACACCGGCUCAAUUAGCUCAUAUUAUAUCUCUUUUGACCCAAAAUAUUUCACCUUCUCAUAUAGUCCUUUACUAUAUAUUAAACUUCGAGAAAUUGAAUUCAUCCGUAGAUUCAAUUAAAAAUGAACCAUAUGUGCGUACCAAUUGUUGGUACAUGAGAUUUUAGACAUAUUGCAUGAAUUUAUUGUAUCUCUAUCUCUCUGUUCGAAUCCUAUUCGACAACAUCCCACAAGCUUUCAUCAUUGGCUUUGACGUAGGAAAUGCUUGUUCAUCAAACUAUAUCAAACCAAAAUAGAAAUGUUAAGACAACAUUUUGUGUGAACCGUGUGUUAAUUAUUCGGACAAUACAAAGGGGAAAAAAAACAAACAAGAACACAUACUCCGCAUCUUUUCCAAAUUAAAAUUUUGAACCAUUUUUCUUUUUGAAUGAGACUAGAUUAGACUAGGAUUUGUAGCCUUUUAUCAAUUUCAAUUUUACCUUAAUAAAAACAAACAAUAUCCCCUGACUUUUGAAUCCACAAAA